AUGGCCCACAGCGGAUGUAAGGUGUUUGCCGUCGUUCUAUGCGCCCUCGCGGUGGCAGAAUCGGCCAAGAUUCUCAGCAUUUUUCCGACCACCUCCAAGUCACACUGGAUACUGGGAUCCGCCCUGAUGAAAGAGCUCGCCCUGGAUGGCCACGAGGUGACCGUCAUCAGUCCGUUUCAUUUGAAGAAUGCCCCGAAAACCUAUCGCCAUGUGGACAUUACGUUCAACAGCCGCAUGUUUGACGACCUCAUGGAUCGGGUGUUCGAACGCACCGACGACAACAUCGUGCAAAAGAUGUCGGAUUUGACGGCCUUCAUUGAGGACAUUGCAAACACUACGCUUACAUCAGCGGCGGUGCAAAGAUUACUGCGAUCCGACGAAACGUUCGACCUGUUGGUGCUGGAAGUCUUCGUUGACGAUGUGUUUCUCGGGUUUGCCGAUCGGUUCAACUGCCCGGUGGUGGGUAUGUCCACCUUCGGUGCCUCCACAUGGGUGAACGCGCUCACGGGGUCACCGCAGCCCCUCUCGUACGUGCCGCAUCCGAUAUCUAGCUUUACGGACCGGAUGAACUUCUGGCAGCGACUCGGCAACGUACUGAUCACUGCGUUCGACGAGGGAGUGAUGGGGGUCCUCGGUCUCUCGAUCCAGCAGCGCUACUAUGAUCAGUUUUUCCCCAACGCGACUCGAUCGUUGGCCGAAAUGCGUCGCCAUGGAGUUUCGCUAAUUCUGGUUAACAGUCACUUCAGUUUAAGCUUCCCCCGGCCUUAUUUGCCCAACCUGAUAGAGGUCGGUGGGUUUCACGUCAAUCGGAAGGUUAAUCCGUUGCCGGAGGACAUCAGGACGUUCAUCGAACAAUCAGAGCACGGUGUUGUGUUCUUCUCGAUGGGCUCUAAUCUGAAGCCGUCGAAGAUGGACAAACAGAAGCGCGACGAUGUGAUCCGAGUACUGUCGAGCCUGAAGCAGAACAUUAUCUGGAAGUGGGACGACGAUACGCUUCUGCUGGACAAACAGAAGUUCCUGCUCGGGAAGUGGUUCCCGCAGGAUGACAUCUUGGCUCACCCGAACGUGAAGCUGUUCAUCACGCACGGAGGCCUCCUGAGCUGUACGGAAUCGAUCUACCACGGCGUUCCGGUCGUCGGCAUACCGAUCUUUGGCGAUCAGCUGCUCAACAUGGCCCGAGCGGAACUCGCCGGAUGGGGCAUUGGUGUGGCGUACACCAAGCUAAACGAAGCCUCCUUCGAAAAAGCUGUCACCGAAGUGUUGAACAACGAAAAGUACUCCGAGAAAAUAGCGAUAAUCUCACGCCGUUUGCGGGACCAACCACUGGCGCCGAUGGAUUUGGCCAAGUUUUGGGUCGAGUAUGUGUUGAGGCACGAUGGAGCGAAGCACCUGAUAUCGGCGGCGCAGGACCUAAACUUUGUGGAGUACAACAAUUUAGAUGUUUACGCAUUUAUUAUCACGGUAGCGGGAGCUAUCCUGAUUCUCAUAGGUUACGGUUUGAAGAAACUGUUCUUCUAUGCGAUUAAGCCAAAAAGCAAAAACACGUCCAAAAAGUUAAAUUGAACAAAGUAUUUGUAUUUGAAUAGUAGCCUUCGUAUGCUAUAGCUUUUGUUAGAUUUUAUAGUUUGUAACAUUAACUUUGCAUUAUAAAUC